UCUAUAUUUUGAGUAGCAGCCAUUAGUAUGAAUAGGGAGUUUUCCCACUGAGCACUCCUUUUCUUCCCCCCACACAUCAACAACUUUAAGGUCCAGUAAGGGGGGAAGCAGACUUCACUCUCUCUUCCCCACCUUCCCCUUUAAACAGCUGUUUACAAUGAAUAUGGAGAAUAGAAUACCCCCUGGGAGUUACUUCCAGUACUCUCCUACUGGAAUCCAUGCUCAUGGUCCUCUUCAGAGGUCUUCUUCUCUUACAGAUCGUGAAAGAUAUUUAGCAGAUUUAUUGGGGGAGAGGCAAAAAUUGGGGCCAUUCAUGCAGAUACUACCUGUAUGCAGUAGACUUCUAAACCAAGAAAUCAUGCGAGCAACAGCAUUGUUGUCAAAUCAGUUCGUGGAUCAAGAAAGGAUGGGACAAGAGAGUCCACAUAGGUCAAUGAGUCAACCGAUGAAUGGAGGUCAGAUAAAUAUGGGGGCGUGGAGUGCAAUGCAAACUGAGGAAAAUAGACUUCUUCAGAAAAUAGUUCCAUUUCAACCUUCCCCUCUGGAUUGGCAUGUUGUGCCGGGAAAUGCAACCACUCCUGUUGUGAAGAGAGUCAUAAGACUGGAUGUUCCUGUGGAGAAUUUCCCAAAUUAUAAUUUUGUUGGUAGAAUUUUGGGACCACGUGGGAAUUCCCUAAAGAGAGUUGAAGCCAUUACAGAAUGUAGAGUCUAUAUCAGAGGACAAGGCUCAGUGAAGGACUCUAUCAAGGAAGAGAAAUUGAAAGAUAAACCUGGCUACGAGCACCUCAAAGAACCACUACAUCUCCUGGUGGAGGCUGAAUUUCCGGAAGACAUCAUUGACUCCCGCAUCGAUCAUGCUGUGGCGAUCCUAGAGAACCUCUUAAAGCCUGUGGAUGAAUCUGUGGAUAUUUAUAAGAAGCAACAACUAAGAGAAUUGGCCAUGCUAAAUGGUACACUAAGGGAAGAAAGCCCAAGUAUGAGUCCCCGAAUGAGCCCUAGUAUGUCUCCGUUUAGUAAUACGGGAAUGAAACGAGCAAAGACUGGGAGAUGACACCUAAUUGCUGGUAUGCUGAUUGUCUAGCAAUAGGCACAGAAGAUAGCUAAUCCGCCUGAUUAGUAACUUCACAAGUUUGCUUCUGGUACAGAAUGCAGGCAUCCCUCAGACAGAUUCUUUAGAUAUAGGUCUACUAUGUGUGUUUUUCUGUAACCAUCUUUCCUAGAGGUAUUGACCUUUAGUCUUAAUCUAGGUUUAGUGGUCAAUGUGUUAAAUCAAUCUCAAUAAUCUGUUUCUUAUUCAAUACUCGUGAGAUUCAUGUAUUAUUUUAAUUAAAGCAGAUCAACUGCUUCAACUUCUGAAUAAAUAUAUUGAGAAAGCAGAAGUUUAACAUGGUAUGCUGAA